AUGGAUAUUGCUAGCUUACUUGCACCUGAAGAGAAGCAGCAGGAUAAUCCACAGCAGUCACCGCCGACGUAUAUUCGCGACGAUGAGUUGAUGACUCGUUGGACAAAGUGUCUUUUGGAUGCUGGCUUUUAUCUCAAACCAACACAGCAUAGCCGUUUGACAGAUGCAAUACUGGAACCCAUCGCCAUCCCGACCACCACCACCACUGCGAACCACAAUCGCUUCGUGAUCGGCACGCCGAUUCAUAUCAAAGUCAUUGGGCGACAUAUGAAUGGCUCAUUUCGUUGUCAUAUUGGCGUUGGCAAGGCUUCACGUCCACUCUGUUCUUCGGAGCUCUACCACGACAUGCGACUACUUGUUGUCUUUUUCAGAGCAAGCAAAGAAAAGAGCAUGUCAUUUAUCUCACCCCAAUUCAUCAUGUUUCCAACUUGGUUAUUGCACUUGUUUCAAUACACACGGCAUUCGACAACACCUGGACGCACGGAUGUACGGUUUUUAGAGUGUGAAAAUUUGGCCAAGGAAGAUCAUAUUUAUCGGCUCAACCAUGUCAUCAACAAGUUGUUUCGUUUCAAUUUGCAUGAUUUUGAUCAAAGCAAGCUAUGCAAUGCCGUGGAAGUGGCCAAUUAUGCCUUUGAUGAAACAUCUCAACAAUCAACGCCGCCGUUGUCAUACACGACCAUGAUUUCGCUUCUCGAGUCACCACGUCCCCCUAAAGCAAAACCCAUUUGCUGCAACUGCAAUACCAAACCAGCAUCCAGACGUAAACUUUGCGUUGCAUGUUAUCGCUACCUGCUAAAACAUGGCGAACCACGUCCACUUCGACUUAUCGUUGCUAGCCGACAACAACAGCAACAACAAGCAUGCACUACAACGCCCCUUGAAGGAAACGAUGACAACAACAGCAAUACCAAUGUUUUAAAGUUUGAUCCACCACGUCAGGAUACCAACAACUGCAUCCAUCCUCUCACAUCACCACAGCAUCAUCAAGGGAUUGAAUCGACGACUAUGGAACAAAGACUCCCAGGUAUCUAUGCAACCAUGGUCCAAAAUCCCAUUCAACAACAACAGCAACAACAGCAUAGCCAUGCCCCUCGUUUCUGCAGCAGUUCCAGUAGUAAUUUUUUGAGACAGCAUCAUCACAUUGUCGAGGAUGCAUCGUCUACCAGCAGUGGAUCAUCACCCAUGACCCCACGACUCGCCCCCUCUUUUUCCUUGUAUGUGGAUCUUUACAACAGUCAACCUGAUGGCGAUGAAGGACUUUGA